AUGGCUUUUGUGUUCGAUGAUCUUGCUAACAUUGACGCUUCCAAAGAUUCAUGGAAGAUUUUGGUGAAAGUUCUUCGUUUGUGGUCCACAAGGCGUUUCAGUAGAUGUAAAAUCUCACAUGUCGAUGAAUUGCUUCUUAUGGAUUCCAAGAUUUCAGAUUCUUGCAAGCUUUCAUAUGAGGAGGAUUUUUUGGUUGUUACCCCUCGGAAGACUAUUCAAGAAAAAAAUUUAUGCCUUGAGAACUCUGUUUGUGUUGUGUCUGGCAUUAUCAAAGAAAUUAUUGGUCUUAAGGAUUUGUGGUAUAUUGCUUGUAAAUGCAACAAAUUUUUUUAUCCUGACGAGAAGAUGUAUUUUUGUGAAAAUUGUAAUCGCCAUGUUGUUGCUGUUUUUCAGAGGCACCAGAUCAAAGUUAGAGUCUCAGAUGAGGUUGAGGAUGUUGUCUUUAUUCUCUUUGACAAAGAGUCUACUACUUUACUUGGAAAGACAUGUGAUGAGAUGAUUAGUAGUCUCCAUAAGGGAGAUUAUUCCAUGGUUGCACCUUCUGAAAUUUUGGCUUUGGUUGGAAAGAGCUUCAUUUUCAAAGUGGGAAUUAAAAUUGCUGGCAAUCCUAAGUUUGACACAUCCUAUCAUGUAAAGCGUGUUGAUAGUGAUUAUCCAAGCUUCAUUUCGAUAUCUCCAUCUCACAACAAAAGAAGUGCAGUUAUUUAUGAUUUGGCUAAGGAUAUGGAUGAUGAUUUUAUCAUUGUUUUAUAA